UUCCAGCUGUCGACUUCAUACAAGCCCAAGUCUGUCUAUCCAACGUUCCUCCCGCAAUCUUGCCUCUUACGCAUAGCAAGCGUCCAUGCUAUUCUGCCGAACCUCCUGAUCUUCUUGUUGAAUCUUCACGUGCGCCCGCACGCACCAGCCUCGCAAUGGUUACAGCGCCCGCGGUUCCUGAGAUCUAUGAAGAUGAGCUUCACACAGCCAUUGAAGCUCGCGCAGAGUCCCUUCAGACAUUAAGGGAGCUAGGCCCACCAGACUUGGUACAUUUGAUCAAGCAGCCGAUCAAAUCAGCAACGAAGCAGGUCGGGGUAUAUCACCAUGUCACGGGCAUAGACGCUUCUUCGUCCGCAAGCUUAGCUGCCUACAUCAACACCUUAACAUAUUCGCCGCAUGACAAGCAGCACAAGGUCGUCUCUGGCCUCUACUGCUGUUACAAUGCAUUCUCUCGUCUCGAUAUGCGCGUCCAAGUCUACAUUCCAGGUACCGUGGAGAGUUACUGCAUUGACGAGCGCGGAGACAAGAAGGUAGCAACAGACGAGCUAUGGUUGGAAACAUAUCUAUGCAGUGUGUUACGCGCAUACUCUUAUGCCGAUGAUGGCUCAGGGGACACCAUCAAGAAGAUUGUUGGUGUUCGGAGAUUCAACCCUAUCACCAGCACGGAGAGCGAGCAUAAGUUUCUCGAGGCUGCCGAGAGGCUCUUCUUUAAUGGCUGGCAACUAGGCUCCGACCCCGAGAUCCAAGUACCCAACCUGGUUUCAAAUCAUCUUACCACGGGACUGCUCAACUACAUACACACAACAGGACGAUACGCCUCCGGUAUCAACCUGUUCGAGAAAUUGCGAACGCGGGACCCGGAAAUAUCCUCUCUACUGGCGCGUGUCUACAUUCAAGCGGACGAAGAGGUCAAAGCGGUCCAGCUACUUCACGAGGCUAUUCAGGAACUCCCAAUGGACUAUUCGCUACUCGACUGUCAAGCGGAAUUUUGUAACAAAAAGGGCCGAAGCGAUCUCGCUCUUGAGAUUGCUAAGAGAAGCGUCGUCUCUGCACCAAGUGAAUUCGGGACAUGGGCACGAUUGGCCGAGAUCUAUGUUGCUCUAGAGCAGUGGGAUCUUGCACUUCUUACUCUCAACUCUUGCCCUAUGUUUACGUAUCAAGACAAAGAUGCACCCCGAAUGCCUGAGCCCCAAAGGGUGUACUUGCCCAUCAUGCCAGAAGCUAUGUGCGACGAAAUCGAGGACAGCAAUGUCGACGACAUUGAAUUGGUACACCCAACUCUCCGCAAGCUCCACGCUGCAGGCUUCAAGGGAACUUUCCUCAAGGCAUAUAUCCUCUUGACGGAGAUAACGAAGAAGAUCGGAUGGGAUCAGUUGCUUCGGAUACGUAGUCAGGUCUUCGUCAUGGAGGAAGAGUAUCGACACGAGAAGCAGACCAUCUCACAUCAGCCACAGUCACGCACUGCGAGUACAACCGCUCUCCGGUCACCCACCCCUACCAUCAAUGGAGACGCCGAACAUGGGCAAGUAGAAGAGAAGGAGGUUCCCUCUGACUCAGAAGGUGAGCAGGCAAACGCUGAAUCAUCCACCGCUGGAGACGAGGCCGGGGAAUCAAUCGAGAAGCCUGGUCACACUGUAGCAUCGGAGGUCGUCAAAGCCGGUGGUAGUGAGGAGCCGGACCAACAGCCUAAUUACACCCACUUCCAGAAUAAGCGACUUUGCGAACGCUGGCUCGACAAUCUGUUUAUGGUUCUUUACGAGGAUCUCCGUGUGUACACCAUAUGGCGAACCGAGAUGGCUCAGUAUCGACAACAGCAACUGCUGUAUAAGAAAUCAGCAGAAGAAUGGGAGAUCCUGGGAGAGCUUGCGGAGCGACUCCACCACAAUGAGGAGGCCGCCGAAGCUUACGAGAACUGCUUGCAGAUGAAGUUCAGCCCUAAAGGAAUGAGGGGCGUUCUGAAAUUGAACGAAAAUCAGCAUAAUGUUCGUGAUACCUGUGGCGCGUUGAUCCGACUUGUCACAUGGCAAUACCGGUGGUAUUCUGAAUUCUCUCCAUCACUCCUCUACACGAUUCGCAAGUUGAUUGAAGAAGAGGGUGCUGUCAAGGUUCGAAGCAUCAUCCAGGGAACAAGUUUGCCUCAGCACGUGCUGGAUCUUACCCACCAGUAUGCAGCCUUGUGUGCUGCAUUCAGGAGCAGCGGCAGCGACGGUUGAUCGCUCAGCUAGGCGGCACGAUAGAGAAACAUCAAUCAAAGCGAGAGCAUAGUAAUUUCAGCGGUUUUCGUGUGAUGCUUGCAAGCGAUGGCGCAGGAUCAAUAUCUUGUCGUAGGCAAAACGAGCCUCUUAGGCGGCUGCAUGAUUGUCAUUUUCCCACAAGUCAUUGCGUGUAUAACACCAGCACGGUUGUUCUGUUAUCAUAACAUAAUCAUAUAUCUUGUGCCUUGCAACCAAUAUAUUCUUUUUGUAUCGUCACAAGACGCGAGUCCAUUUGAAUGCCCGCACUAUGCCGCAAAGCACCCAGUCAUAGAACUGCGAAAGAGACCCAUGAGACCCAUGAAAAGC